CUCUUCGCGUACCCUAGACCGUCGAUACACCCAUCGCCAUACCAUCACCACCGGGUGCCUCCACAUCACCUUCAUCUAGUUUGGAGUCGGAGCGGUUGUCCAGCGACCUGAGCCAGUGCCCCGCGUAGUCUCACGUAUAGUGCAACGAGAAAAAGUCCGCGAAUUAGUCAAGGUAUCGAUUUGCGUAGCCCCGAUUUUCAUGCACAUGAUACGGUAGUUAGAGAUUCAACGACAGAUCACGACACAAUGAAGUCCGUCAUAUGGACCUUCACCCUAUACUGCCUCUGCCUGUCUUCAGCUCAAGGUAUACUGCCAAAUCCAACGAACCUAAACGGAGCCCAGAUUCCUUCCCAGAUAAGCUUCCAAGAUGGCUCCUUUUCGGGAGAUUCCAUCAAUGUUAAAGCUUCCAUGCAAACCGGACAAUCUGGAUUAGCUGUGGAACCGUUGUCCUCACAGGCAGAUGCCCAACAACGAAACUAUCAGACGGGGGGAAACAUAAAUCUGGACGGGCAGUUUGUGGAACCCUAUAAUAUCGAGUACAAGUACCAUGACUUCGACAUGAUGACGAAAUUCUUGAGGCAGACCACGGCGAGGUACCCCUCAUUGACGGCACUCUACUCUAUUGGAAAAUCGGUACAAGGAAGGGACUUGUGGGUAAUGGUCAUCUCGGCUUCGCCCUACGAACACAUGAUUGGAAAGCCCGACGUAAAAUAUGUAGCCAACAUGCACGGAAAUGAGGCUGUCAGCAGAGAACUGAUGCUCCAUCUGAUUCAUUACCUUGUCACAAGCUACACCACAGAUCCUUACAUUAGAUGGCUGCUGGACAACACUAGGAUUCAUAUAAUGCCCUCGAUGAACCCGGACGGCUUCGAAGUCUCCAAGGAGGGCACUUGUGACGGGGGACAGGGAAGGUACAACGCGAGAGGUUUCGACUUGAACAGAAACUUCCCAGAUUACUUCAAGCAAAACAACAAGAGAACGCAACCGGAAACCGAGGCGGUGAAAGAGUGGGUCUCGAAAAUCCAGUUCGUGCUGUCGGGGAGCUUGCACGGCGGGGCUCUGGUGGCUAGUUAUCCUUUCGACAAUACACCGAACUCACUGUUCCAGACGUACUCAGCACCCUCGUUGACCCCCGACGAUGACGUCUUCAAACACCUAGCCCUAACGUACUCCACGAACCAUGCCAAGAUGGCUCGAGGCGUUUCCUGCAAGUCUUCACAAACCACCUUUAGAAGAGGUAUCACAAACGGAGCCGAGUGGUACCCCCUCACCGGGGGCAUGCAGGAUUUCAACUACGUCUGGUACGGUUGCAUGGAGGUAACGCUAGAAGUGUCCUGUUGUAAGUACCCGCCGGCGCAUGAGCUUCCUAAGUAUUGGGAAGAUAACAGGGUGGCUCUGAUUAAAUAUUUGGCCGAGGCUCAUAGAGGCGUUCAAGGGUUCAUCGUGGACGAGAACGGAAACCCGAUCGAGAAGGCUUCUUUGAAAAUAAAAUCGCGGGAUGUAGGGUUCCAGUCCACCAAGUACGGGGAAUUUUGGAGGAUACUUUUGCCCGGAGUAUAUAAAUUAGAGGUUUACGCUGAUGGGUAUGUGCCGAGAGAAAUCGAGUUGAUGGUGGUAGAGCAACAUCCUACUUUACUAAACGUCACAUUACACACUGCCAAGAGAAAGGACGGGCACUUCUACCGACCCCAACACCAAGUAUUCCACCGUCCGAUCCCCCAGCAACAGGCCCAAGGAAAUGGGAUAUUCUCUUCGAUCACCAACGGUUUAUCAAACAUAGUUAGUUUCUUUGGAUGAACGUAAACUCAGGCAAUAGCACGAGAGGAGAUCGUAAAACGGUUCAUAUCCGAAAACUUGCCUCUAGAAAUUGUUCAUAUCAAUGUAGAUAACGAGUUAUUUAUUUGUAGUUUGUAAGGGUGUUGUUGUACGACGGUUUCGUUGACUUUUCGAGCGUUAACGCCGAACGGAGAAUUUUGCAAGGUGUAUGAUUCGUUUUACCGUUUCUGGAAGCAUCUUGGAGAAUUUCCGAUUGGUAGUUUAAUCGUAAAUGGAGUGUUCAUUUUCAAACGCACUAGGACUCUUAGGAAUUCAUAUAAAGCAAUAGCUGCACAGACUGUUAUUAUUAUUAGAAGAUUUUUAAUAAAUUAUUUGUAAAUAUA